AGUAAACCACAGAUCCUGCUGGACAUCCUACUUGCACACACCAUUGUCUUUCACCCUCUGGAACUCUGAAAUAGACUUCAUAUGUGUUUCUGUGUUCAGGUGAAACUUGUGUUUGUCAACGACCAUUACUCAGAGACUUGGUUCAGAGUGUUAGAGACCUGGUUCUAGAGUGUUAGAGACAUUGUUCUACUGUUCCAGAGUAGAUCUCCAGGAAGAGGACCAGGAGGACCAUGCUGAAGAAGGUGCUGCUGGGUAGUCUCGGAGCAGUUCUGGUGCUGACUGCAGGCAUCCUGUUGGGGCACUUCGGCAUCCAGAGGGGCUCCACCACCCCUGACUGGGUAGUGGACGUGACCCAGGAUGUAGACGAGGCUCUCAUCCAGAAGUUUAUCGCAGAGGUGGACAACAUUGCGAUACAGGAGAACCUCAGGGAGCUGACUAAAGUGCCCCACAUGGCGACCUCGCCAGGGGACGAGAAGACGGUUCAGUACAUGUUAAAAAGGUGGCAGGACCCAGAGACAGGUCUGGACCAGGCCUGGAGGGAGGAGUACAAGGUCUACCUGUCCUUCCCAGACCCCAACACCCCCAACAAGGUCACCGUGGUGAGCCCCUCUGAUGCUGUCCUGUACACUGCCAGAGAGAAGGAGAAGGCAUAUAGUUCAGACCAGGAGGAUGCUGAGGUGGUUCAGCCCUAUGCAGCCUAUGCCCCCGCCGGACACCCAAAGGUAGGUCUUUACCCACCAACACACAGACAGGCAGACCAGGAGGAUCCUGGGGUGGUUCAGCCCUAUGCAGCCUACGCCCCCGCCGGACACCCAAAGGGGAGACUGGUCUACGCCAAUCAAGGGAAGCCCAGUGACUACUUCCUACUCAACCAGACCCUGGACCUGACAGGGACCAUCGCUAUCACCAGAUAUGGAGGAGAGGGGAGAGCAGGGAAGGCCAUCAAUGCAGCUCCGUACGGUGUGAUCGGGGUGCUGGUCUACACCGACCCGUGGGACAUCAACGAUGGCAAGAUGUCCGACAACAACGAGACGUACCCCUAUUCCUGGUACAUGCCCCCCUCAGGGGUGGAGAGGGGCUCCUUCAACACCCACUAUGGAGACAUGCUGACACCCUACCUGGCCGCUAAAGACGACACAUACAGAAUACCAGAAAAGAAUAUCACCGGGAUCCCGCCAAUCCCGACUCAACCAAUCGGGUUUGAGGAUGCCUACGCUUUGAUCUGUGAGCUGGGUGGAGAGCCCGCCCCAUCCGAAUGGCAGGGAGCAUUCAACUGCACGUAUAAUUUUGGGGGACCAGGAUUCAAACCAACAUCUAACUUCAACAACAGCGAUGUAAAACUGGACAUCUAUAACCGUGAGGAGCUGAAGAAUUCUGCCAAUGUGAUGGGGGUGAUUCGAGGCAGUGUUGAGCCAGACAGGUAUGUGAUCUACGGUAACCACAGAGACAGCUGGGUCCACGGGGCCAUCGACCCCAGCAGUGGAACCUCCGUGAUGCUGGAGGUGACCCGGGUGCUGGGACGGAUGGUCAAGCAGGGGAAAUGGAGGCCACGGAGGUCCAUCAUUUUUGGGAGCUGGGGAGCCGAGGAGUUCGGUCUGAUUGGAUCCACAGAGUACACUGAGGAGUACUAUAGCAAGCUGAGUGAACGUUCUGUCGCCUAUAUCAACGUGGACAUAGCUGUAUUCGCUAACGCUACUCUAAGGGCAUCGGGGUCCCCCUCUGCUCAGAGUGUUAUCCUCAAGGCCUCCAAACAGGUGAAGACACCUGGAUCAGACUCGACAUCCGUCUACGACAACUGGAUUCGCUACUUCAACCGUACUAGCCCCGCCUACGGAGUCAUCCCCAAUGUGGGUUUUCUGACUGGGGCAGGAAGUGAUUACGCUGCCUUCAUCCACUUCCUAGGAAUCACCUCCAUGGAUAUCUCCUACACCUACGACAGAACCAAAACCAGAGCCAGAAUCUACCCAGCGUACCACACGGCAUACGACACCUUUGACUAUGCCUCCAAGUUCAUCGACCCAGGGUUCACCAGUCACCAGACGGUUGCCAGGACGGCAGGGAACGUCCUGAUGCGAUUGGCUGAUAGCCUUCUGUUGCCGUUCAACUGCAGUGACUAUGCAGAGACUCUGGAGGGAUACCUCAAUAAAGCCAUGGAGCUGUACACUGAUGGACUGGCAGCACACAUGAUCGCUAUAGAGCCAUUACAGAAUGCUGUGAGGAAUUUCCGCUCUGCAGCCGCCAGACUGGACCAGCUGAUCAGAGAUUCAGACUUGGCCAAUGAGACGCCCCUGAAGGUGCGUAGGAUCAAUGACCAACUGAUGCUCCUGGAUAGGGCUUUCCUGGACCCUGGGGCGUUCCCUGAUCGAUAUGGAUUCAGACAUGUGAUCUGGGCGUCCAGUAAGGCUGGACAGGCUACCUUCCCAGGACUGGCUGAUGCGUAUACCAGAGCUAGGUCGACUGGACUGGACAGCGACUGGAAAGAAGCACACCGUCAGCUGUCCAUCCUGAUCCAGGCCAUACAGGGAGCCGCUCACACACUGGGAGACGCCAUUUAGAGAGAACAUUGAGAUACUGAUAUAUGUUAUGAUAUACAGUUUACAUAUAUAAUAAUAAAGUUUUAAUUAUAUUGUAUUUCUGUGGAUGAGAGACUAUCUCAUGGAAUGUCAUCCUAUGUGCAGCUGGGCAUUAGAAUUGGAAUUAGAUAGAAUGGAUAAUACCCUUAUUAUCAUCGUAAGGUCAGCCAUUUUGGUCAGGGAUUUGGUCAACCAUGGUUUGGCAGUGCUGUGAUAAGAUAUUGUCUAAAAUAAUGAAUUUGAAGACUUUAUCUUCCUUGUAUGUUUGUUAGCUAGCUAGCUUUAUAAUUAUAUUACACCAUUUCUGGUCAAAUGUCUUACUUUUAUUUUCCUGCAUAAGUAAAAUCAGAAUUAUACUUCGACAGCCAUUCGUAAAUAGACUCCACCUCUAGAAAUGUUAUAGGAUCUCUGGGGUCAGCACCAGAUUGCUAUAACAUUAUGAUGUGGUUCGCUGAUAUGUCAAAUGUCUAUCCAGACGUUAUAAGAUCUGGUAUGCGUCAGCAACGUUUGAGCAGAUUGUGGUUAGCAACCCGUCUGCUUAGGGAGACUAAUGACUAUCAAAAUAAUAGCCUAACGUUAUAAAAAGCUCUGUCUACAUAUAUAUUUACUAUUUAAUAAACAAUUAAAUAACAAUCA